AUGCAGCCCAGUUUGAAGCCCCAACCACUUGCCUAUCUCAUGCGCUAUCACCGAGAUCUGUUUGUGGACCCAUUGUUCUGGACCUCCUGUCAUUUGGAUCUGGUAGGAUGUCGCUUCGAACUGCUCAAAUCGAUGGAGUACACCCAAGACAACGAUCAAGCUCAAGACGGCCAACAAACCCGUGAGUGGGCUGACUUUGGCCACGGACCCGUUCUUUUACCUCCACCGCCUCCAUCGCACCCUGAGCGACUUGCACAGAGCUGUACGCCCCUUGUGAAGCUCUCUUCCUUGUACCACAUUCUGGAGUAUGAGGGAAGCGUCCUUGAAGAGCGUUGCAAAAAAGGACCCAAAUUUUACUUUGCAGGCCAAGCGAUUCAUCGACCAAAAUAUGUCGUGUUUGGUCGUCGCAAAGAACCUAACCAAUUUCCUGAUGAGGCUUUUCGAAUGUUCAUUGGCUACUUUGACUACACACACGCUAUUUACGGCCGCAAAGAUAAAUUCCAGGUUAAAAGCCACCCCGGCAGCGGCAAUAACAUGCCUGUUGGGCGUCUCCAUGAAAAACGGCUAGCCCAAAUAACCCUAGCUAACUGGAAGGAGGACCCAUACUUUGUUCGUAUACUGCUGACUAUUGCCCAAUUGCAGGAGCGAUCCCUCGUAUCUAAACAGCACACAACGCACACGUCGCGUCUUUUCAUGGCGAAGUGGCAAGACAGUGAGUUUAUCUAUCUUUACGAGGCUUAA